AUGGAGGCGGCGGCGCUGGCGCGGGAGGGCGGCGGCCCGGGCCCCCCGCCCCACGAGCCCAUCAGCUUCGGGAUCGACCAGAUCCUCGGUGGCCCCGAGCCCGCGGGCCCGGCCCGGGCGGCGGAGCCCGACUACGGGCUCUACGGCGGCGGUUACGGCCCCGCCUGCUCGCUCGGCUCCUACAACCUCAACAUGAGCAUGAACGUGAGCGUCAACGUGACCCCCGCGCCCGCCGCGCCGCCCGCCGGGGUCAUCCGAGUCCCGGCGCACCGGCCCGCGCCCGCCCCGCCGCCCGCCGCGCCGCCGCCGGUGCCGGGGCUCUCGGGGCUCACCUUCCCCUGGAUGGAGACGACGCGGCGCAUCGCCAAGGACCGGCUCUCAGCCGCGCUGGCCCCGUUCACCGCCACCCGCCGCAUCGGGCACCCGUACCAGAACCGGACGCCGCCCAAGCGCAAGAAGCCGCGCACGUCCUUCAGCCGCGGGCAGAUCUGUGAGCUGGAGAAGCGCUUCCACCGCCAGAAGUACCUGGCCUCGGCCGAGCGCGCCACCCUGGCCAAGGCCCUGAAGAUGACGGACGCUCAGGUCAAGACCUGGUUCCAGAACCGGCGCACCAAGUGGAGGAGGCAGACGGCGGAGGAGCGCGAGGCAGAGCGCCAGCAGGCCAACCGCCUGAUGCUGCACCUCCAGCAAGAGGCCUUCCAGAAGAGCCUGAGCCAGCCACUGCCCCAGGACCCGCUCUGCAUGCACAACUCCUCCCUCUAUGCCCUGCAGAACCUGCAGCCCUGGGCCGAGGACAACAAGGUGACGUCCGUCUCGGGGGUGGCCUCCAUGGUGUGAGGACCGGAGGUGGGAGCCAGGGGGCUGAGACUGGUGCCUCCAGCCUGCAGCAGGGAUGGGGCUGCUGCUUGCGGACCCCCAACCAUUGGCAGCCCCAGCCCCACCAUGGCCCCCCUGUAACCACCCCACAGCUCCGGUUGGGGAAGGUGCUGCUGUGGUUUGACUCAAGCCUGUCUGGAUCCCCAUUGUGGGACCCCCUGGGGAACCCAGGGCUGGGCCCCCCCCACCUCUGCAAGCCUCGAACCCCCCCCACCAGAGGCCCCUGUUCCUCGGGGGGUCCCACUCAGGACCUCCUGCCCACCCAUCAGCAGCUCUCGUGCCUGGACCAGACUCGGCUCCCCCCAGGGUAGCUGCAGUCCCCAUGCCACAGGGAUUGGGACCCCCCCCUUUCUGAGUGCUGGGUCCCCCUCUGCCCUUGCCAGCAGCCGCAGUGGGUCUGUAGCACCUGCACACCUUUGCCUUAUCCCGGUUGGAGUUUAGCAUCUCUGGAUGCUGAACCCGGGCCCAUGGCCCCCAGCAGUGGGGCAGACUGACGGACAGGCCUGUGACCCCCGGGUGCUCCCGGUUCCCUGCACCCACCAGUUUGCAGCCCUGGGUCUGGACGUGCCCUCACAGCACCCUGCGAUGGACUCGGGGCGGCCAAGGAUCGCACCAGCCCCACUUUGGACCUCCUUCGCUCACCCCACACGGCCUGAUUGUGGGGAGCCAGGGGCUCUGCUGGGGGCUACCCCCCCCUUCCUCCACCAAAUAGCCCCCCCUUCCCCGGGGACCCCCUGAGUGUCACCCACCUUUACCAGGGACCCCCCCCCUGCCCUGUUCCC